AUGCCGAGCCCCCGGAGGAGCGUGGAGGGACGGUCGCUGGGCGCCUCGGCCGCCAGCAGCGGAAGCGGCGGCGGUGGCGGCGGCGGCGGCCCCGGCAGCCCAGCGCACGGAGGUGUUGCUGGCAGGUUUGAGUUCCAGUCCCUGCUGAGUAGCCGCGCGCCGGCCGCCGACCCUACCUGCGCCCGGCUCCGUGCGUCCGAGAGCCCGGUGCACCGGCGCGGCUCCUUCCCGCUGGCCGCUGCGGGCUCCGCGCAGGUGUCCCCGGCCCUGCCGCCCGAGGAUGACCUCAUGGACUUGAACCCGUCCUUCCUGGGCAUCGCCCUGCGCUCCCUACUGGCCAUCGACCUGUGGCUGUCGAAGAAGCUGGGGGUGUGCGCCGGGGAGAGCUCGUCGUGGGGCAGCAUGCGGCCUCUGAUGAAGCUGCUGGAGAUCUCGGGGCAUGGCAUCCCCUGGCUGCUGGGCACCCUCUACUGCUUGUCCAGGAGCGACAGCUGGGCCGGGCGCGAGGUGCUGAUGAACCUGCUCUUCGCCCUGCUCUUGGACUUGCUGCUGGUGGCCCUCAUCAAAGGGCUGGUCCGCAGGCGCCGGCCGGCCCACAAUCAGAUGGACAUGUUUUUCACCCUCUCGGUGGACAAGUACUCCUUCCCGUCGGGUCACACCACCAGGGCCGCCCUGGUGGCGCGAUUUAUCCUCAACCACCUGGUACUGGCCAUUCCUCUCAGGGUGCUGGUGGUACUGUGGGCCUUCGUCUUAGGUCUCUCCAGGGUCAUGCUCGGCCGGCACAAUGUCACUGACGUGGCUUUUGGCUUUUUUCUGGGUUACAUGCAAUAUAGUAUCGUGGACUAUUGCUGGCUCUCACCUCAUAACGUUCCGGUUCUCUUCGUACUGUGGAAUCAACCUUGACCCCAUCUUCAACUGACGACUGGGUCUAGGAGGUCCGGACAGUUCUAUGUCUCCAUGAUGCCAGCCUAAACCAGUGGCCAUCCCGCUUGCCUCCCGUGGACAUUCCAGGUUUUUUCCUUUGGGAUCUCAGGCGUCCCACCUUCUUGAUAUAUUGCUAGGCCGAAGCACAUGCUGGCCAUUACUGAACACCGCCAUAUAGGGAGGGGGGACCAAUCCCUCUUGUAUGUUUGAGCAACAACUAUUUAUAUCUGUAGGGCAAUUGCAAAGAAACCAAGCUAGAGAAGGGGGUUGGUUAUAUGUUUGCUGUGUUUUUUUUUCUUUUUAAUUGACAUAUUUGUAUGAUAUAAUUAUCCCUCAAAUCAACAUACCACUUGUAAAUGAGAAACUUAACCUUUAUUCCACAAAUAUACAUGCAGAUAAGCCAUAGUCCUUUUCCUGAGGUAGAUUUUAAACAGUAUUUCAAAGUCAGAGACAUAGUUGGUGUGUGUGUGUGUGUGUGUCUGUGUGUGUCUGUGUCUGUGUGUGUGUGUUUCUACUUUAUUCCCUGCAGUUCUGUUGCCACUAUCAACCAGGUUUAUUUCUUCUUAAUCCUGAUUUUCUUGGUAAGAAUUUUACUUUCUAUUUAUCUUUUCCAUCUUUGUGGAUUGGGCAGUGAGGG